AUGAAGAUGGAGGUGACGCUAGCCAAGGACAAGAAAGCCGCCGGCGUUCCACUCAGACAGAUGACAACUUGUGUAUGCACUGGUUUUCAGCAACCAGUUUGGGACUACUUGUACUAUAAGAGAAGAUGUGGAAAUGCUAUAGCAACACUAAACGAGAUCGAAUAUGAUGUUGAUGCAAAUGCAAUGUUAUCAAGUAAUGCAGAGGAGAGGGAGCAUAAGUGGGACAUUGAGGAUAAUGAGAAAAAUAGGAAAAAGAUAUGGACCAUCGCAAAUGAGCGUUACAAAGGAUGGCGGUCCACAUUUAGUGCUACGUACAGGGCGUACACCACCUAUGAUGAGAGAAUGAGACACAAGCCUGAAGAGUUGGACAUUGUUGAAUGGCACUAUCUGAGGAUUAGAAACAAGAAUUCUCAGAAUCGGCAGAAUGUAAAGAUACACCAUUUGACAGGAUCAAAGUCUUUUUCUCAGUGUAGCUAUGAACAGAGGGACCCAUUAACUGGUGAUGAGCCAAAUGAUUUGGAGCUUUUUAUGUUGACGCACAGUAAGAAUGGGCAAUGGACAAGCCAAGAAUCUAGGAAUGUCUAUGAUAAUGCAAGCAGCAAAAUUUCAGAGAGGGAAUCAAAUGGAGAUGCAAACAUCAUCUCAGAUGUGGAGCAAAACCAGAUUUUCCAGUCAGCCUACAAGGAAACAAGAAAAUGCAAAUUAGCCAAGAUCCUUGCUAAUGGAUACUUGGCAAGGUACCCAACUAGAAGGCAGCUACUCUCUGAGGAAUACCAGUACCAUGUCCGUCAAGAUGCGGCACUCAUGGACGCAUUUUCAAAGCUACAAGAAAGAAUUGAAGCUCAAGAGGCUGAAAGGGAGAUCGAAAGGGAAGAACAUAGGCGUCAGAUGGAAGAAAUGUUGAAGUCAAGAGAGGCCGAUAGAGAAGCACUUAGGCAAGAGUUUAUGUCAAUGAUGCAAGCAGCACAAGGACAAGCAUCCUUACAACAGGCUAAUAAAGAUGGGGAACAAAUUGCAGAGGUUGCUGCUGCAACAAACAUGGUAGAAGGAAACGUAACUACAGAAAGUGAAGAAAUAUCACAUCACCAGAUACUUUGAGAACUGAAGAGUUUAAAAUGCUGUCAUGUGAUAGUCCAUAGUAUAUGGGGCCUAAUUUUCCCUCAAACUAUUGAUCUACAGGAUAACCUAGGUAGCAGCCUGCCACUAACACAGCUCGCAGCUACCGCACCGGCAGGUACAUGUACUACUCGCACAACUAGGAGUGCUGCAAAUAAGUCACAAACAGCCCAAAACAAUGGUGGGAACAUGACAGUUAGUUUUACUACUACAAAAGCACUUAAGGAUAAUGCAGCUAAGAAGCGAGCAUUAUCAUCCAAAUGGAAUCAACAAGCUAGCAAUGCACAGGAGCAAGACAGAGUUUGACAGGAGCGCUCAAGUGAUGGGAUGGUCAAUGUCAAGCCAACCUUUGUUACAGUGCUACACAUAGCUCGUUACAUUUGGAUUUGUUCAUCCUAGCUUAGUGUGUGUCGGAGACCUUAUGUGUUUCAGUUUUGCGUGUGUUAUUGACUAGCUUUGAUAUUGGAUGGCUUAAUUGAUGAUUUGGACGAACAAAGGAAAUUUUGGUUUAAUGGAUGUUUGAUUGCUUCA